UGAAGUUGGAACGUCAAAGUUUGACGUGGAAUCAUACAGCUGUUGUAGAGUUCUAUUUUUCUCUGUACUGAUGUGUGUGUGUGUUUUUCAAUGUUGGUUCAGCUGUUGACGUAGGCUUCGAUAAAAAGAGUUUAAUUGGAUUGUCGGUGGUAUGAUGUAAAAAGUGCGGCACAGAAGAUCGAAGAAGUAGAAGAAAAGAAGGAUUCGUGUGAAGAGAUUGAGAGAUUUGCGUGGAAGAAGACCUGGGGGACGUCGCCUGAGAGAUGUCGCUUCCAGGGAACGGAAUAUUCGUGGUGAAGGGGGAGAUGUCCAUCCUGCUGACGGCGAUGCGCAGGGGCAACAAUCGUUGGUCCUCGCAUCACCACCACCAGGACGACGAUCAGGAUCCUCUGGUGAAGGCGUUUCAGGAUCUGAAGGAGGUGCUGAAUCGGAUAGACGACCUGAGACUGAUCGAUCCCAUAGAGUUCCUCGGCCCGUUCCUGGAGGUGAUCAGGUCCGAGGACACGACGGGCCCGGUGACCAGUCUCUCGUUGUCCGCCGUGAACAAGUUCCUCUCGUACGGCCUCAUAGAUCCGACGCACUCUUCGAUACCGCUGACGGUGCACAGCAUAGCGGACGCGGUCACGCACGCACGCUUCGUGGGCACGGACCAUUCCUCCGACGGUGUCGUACUCAUGAAGAUACUGCAGGUCCUCAAAACGCUCACGCUGUCACCGGAAGGCGCCUCGCUCACCAACGAGAGUCUCUGCGACAUUAUGCUCUCAUGCUUCAAGAUCUGCUUCGAAACCAGACUCAGCGAUUUGCUGCGAAGAACUGCAGAACACUACCUCAAAGACAUGAUACAGCUGGUGUUUAUGAGGUUGCCGCAGUUCCCUGAAGUGUUUUCUGCCAAUUUCAAGCAACUGAAGAUGCGACCCGGAACGAUGGUGGAUCACGGCAGGGUUCGCAAGAAGAGUCUCGCUAGUGGUGGUAGCAGCAGCAAGCUGAGCUACAAGACGACCAAGCCGACGAAGACGCCCGUCGAGAGCAAACCGGAGGAGAAGAACGAAACGGAGACGCAGACACAGACCUCUGUGAAUAUACUGGACAUGCAGGGUUCGAUAUCGAAUCAAAUCGGCGCCGCCGCAAUGCAAUGCGAUAUCAGCGUUCAACAGCAGCAAAAAGACGAAGAGCAAGAGGUCACGAAGAUCGAGGGCUCAGAGGAGAAAGAUGAUAAGGAGGAUGCUGCUGCUGCGUCGGAGCAGAAUCAGCAGCAGCAGCAGGAGGAUUCAUCGCAGGAAGAGUAUAUUAAUCAGAGGGGGAUUCGUUUCACCCAGCAGCAUCCGGAUGAUAUUCCCGCUUUGGUUCCGUACGGUUUGGGUUGCGUUUACGAGUUGUUUCGCUUUUUGAUCAGCCUGUGCAAUCCGCUCGACAAGCAGAACACCGACGUGAUGAUCCACCUGGGUCUGACGCUGCUGACGACCGCCUUCGAAGUCGGUGCGGACAGCAUCGGCAAGUACACCAGUCUCAUGUCGCUGGUGAAGGACGAACUCUGCAGAAACAUGUUUUCACUUCUCGGGACGGAGAGGUUGUCCGUUUUCGCCGCCGAUCUGCAGGUGUGCUUCCUGAUGUUCGAAGCCCUCCGCACUCACCUCAAAUUCCAAUUGGAGUUCUACCUCGGCAAACUGGUGGACAUCAUCGUUUCCGACUCGCCGAAGGUCACGUACGAGUAUAAGGAGCUGGCGCUCGAUAACAUUUUGAAUCUAUGGAUGAUACCGGGCUUCACCGCAGAACUCUACCUGAAUUACGACUGCAACAUGUACUGCACGAAUCUGUACGAGGAUCUGACCAAGCUUCUGGCAAAGAACACGUUUCCUGCGGCCGCAGCAGGAGGAGGCGUCUACAACACGCAUCUGCUCUCGUUGGACGCCCUCUUGACGGUCGUCGAGAGUGUUGAGGCUCAUUGCGUCGCCGAAGAUAAGCAAGAGGCUGCAGUUGCGGGCGCUGGCGCCGAAGAAGAGAUCGAAGAGGGGAGCCGAAGCAUCGAGAAUAUACGCGAUUUAAUUGGCAAGGAUUCGCUUAGCAACAGAAGGAAAGUCAGCGAGAAUAUACCGAAACGAGAGGAGCUUUUAGCUAUAAAGGAUAUAAAGAAGUGGUUGCCUACCGGUACGGAGCAUUUCAAUCACAAACCGAAGAAGGGCAUCCAGUUUCUGCAGGAACACGGCGUCCUCAAAUCGCAGUUGGACGCGAACGAGGUGUGCGCAUUCCUGCGAGAGAAUCCUGCCUUGGACAAGAAGAUGAUCGGUGAGUUCAUCAGCGGUCGCAACAAUCUGCAGGUGCUCGAGGCGUUCGUGAAAAUGUUCGAUUUCAACGAGACGCGCAUCGACGAGGCCCUCCGUCUCUACCUAGAAACGUUCCGGCUUCCUGGUGAGGCUCCAUUGAUAUCGCUCAUCCUGGAGCAAUUCGCCGAGCAUUGGCAUAAAUGCAAUGGUGAACCGUUCGCAAAUGCCGACGCCGCCUUCACUCUCGCUUACGCCGUCAUCAUGCUUAACGUGGAUCAGCACAAUCACAACGUGAAGAGACAGAACAAUCCGAUGACACCGGAGGAGUUCAAGAAGAACCUGAAGAAGGUGAACGGCGGCAACGAUUUCGAGCAGGACAUGCUCGACGAAAUGUACAAUGCUAUUAGGAACGACGAGAUCGUGAUGCCGGCCGAGCAGACGGGUUUGGUGAGGGAGAACUACCUGUGGAAGGUGCUGCUGCGACGGGGUGCGUCCAAGGAUGGAAACUACGUGCACGUUGCCAGCGCCGCCUACGACGUCGAUCUGUUCAACAUCAUCUGGGGUCCGAUCGUCGCUGCCCUCUCGUUCGUCUUCGACAAGUCCGAGGACACGAGCGCCGUCUGCAAGAAGGCUCUUCAGCAGGGAUUCGCGAGAUGCGCGGCAAUCAGCUCGCACUUCGGCAUGACCGACAAAUUGGACAUUCUCAUGGCGACGCUCAGUAAGUACACGCUGCUGCACGGCGGACCCAAGACCAACGGCAUUACCAAUGUAACUGUGCACCUGGGGGCCAACGACAAAGCGCAGAUGGCUCUUCGCAUCGUCUUCACGCUGGCUCACCAGUACGGAAGCGGUAUCCGCGAAGGCUGGAAGAACCUGUUCGACAUGGUGCUGAGUCUGUACAGUCUGAAUCUGCUGCCGAAGGCUUACACCGAGGCGGAGGACUUCAUCGAGGGCAGCGGUAAGAUCAGUCUUGUCUACGAGAACGUGCAGCAACUGCAGAAACAGGACACCGGCCUGCUGAGCAGUCUCUACUCUUACAUGGUCUCAUCCGAGAACAUUUCGCGCAUUCCCAGCGCCGAGGAACAAGUUUACAUUGAUCGCGCUAUCGGCUGCAUCGGAGAGUGCGGUUUGGAGCAGGUCAUCACCGACUCCAAGUUCCUCGAUGAGGACGCUCUCAACCAUCUGAUUCGCGCUCUCAUCGAUAUGUCGCGUGGCCCGGACGUCGAGAAGGCCUACACCACUUACAACGAGAACGUGGCCGUGUUCUUCCUGGAACUCCUGGUGAAGGUCGUGUUGCAGAACCGCGACCGCGUUAUGAUCAUCUGGCAAACGGUCCGUGAUCAUCUCUACACACUGAUGAUGAACGCCUCGCAUUUCGAUUACCAAUUUCUGUUGGAGAGAUCGGUGAUCGGACUGUUGCGUCUCGCCAUACGUCUGAUGCGCAACGAGGAGAUGAGUCCGGUGGUGCUGCAGUCGAUGCGAAUGCUGCUGAUGCUCAAGGGUUUCACGCUGCAUCGCAUCUCGAGGCAGAUUUCGUUCGGGCUUUACGAGCUGCUCAAGACCAGCGCGCAAAACAUCCACACGAACACCGACUGGAGCAUCGUCUUCACGUUGCUCGAAUGCGUCGGAGCUGGUGCGCAACCGCCCAAACCCAUCGUCGACGAGACGCAGCACACCGUCACGAAAUCUGACGGAGAGUCGUCACCGGGCGUCGCCGAGGAGGAAUCGCCCAACUCGCUGAAGGAAAGAGGUUACACCUCGGAUUCGGAAUUGAAUCGUAGAUCGCAGAGCCCUCUCCUUGUGCCGGGAACGCCGCAGAACGGUGGAGGAUGGAUCCUGGUGGGUAACGAGGGUGAGGUGCAGCCGGUCCUCGGUCGAACGUUACCUGCUCACCAGUACAGUUUGGCGCUCGAGAUAAAACUGGGGCCGCACGAUCCGAUCGGCCUCGUCAAGUGCUGCGAGAGUUUGGCAUUCCUGGUACGGGACGUAGCUCACAUCACUCCCUACAAUUUCGAUGAUUGCGUCCACUGCAUUCGAACCUUCGUCGAAGCGAGUCUAAGAGAAAAUAAAACGACGAAACGAGUAGGCGCUGCAGGCGGAAGAGACUCGAGGAUGCGUCGGAAACCUCCUCACCGGAAACUUCAUCAUCGCAGUCCCGCCUCCAGCCCGGACAGUCAAGAACAAAGCGACGACGAAGAUAUUCCAGGCGCUUACCAUCAAGUUACCAUUCAGUUGCUUGAUUUGAUGCAUACGUUGCAUACCAGGACUGCGCAAAUCUUCAGGUGGUGGGCGGAAGAGGGCGGAGAGGUUGCCCAGCAGGUGUCGCUUUGGACUCAGGGUUGGUGUCCGCUGCUGCAAGGAAUCGCCCGACUUUGUUGCGACAACAGAAAGCAGAUCAGGAUGAGCGCCAUCACCUAUCUGCAGAGGGCACUCCUCGUCCACGAUCUGCAGACGCUGAACGGUCCCGAAUGGGAGGCGUGCUUCAAUCGCGUCCUCUUCCCGCUGCUCGAUCAGUUGCUUCGUCCGAUCUGCGGCAAGGAGCAGACGUCCUCGCUGGAGGAGACCCGAAUGAGGGCGGCGACCGUCCUCUCCAAGGUGUUCCUGCAUCACCUCACGCCCCUUCUCUCGCUCGCCACCUUCCCGCAACUCUGGCUGACCAUUCUGGAUUACAUGGAUAAGUACAUGCAUGCGGACAGGAGCGAUCUUCUCGCCGAAGCUAUCCCCGAAUCGCUGAAGAAUAUGCUUCUCGUGAUGGAAUCGGCGGGCGUGUUCGAGGGCGCUCCUGAUUCGCAACUGUGGACUCUCACCUGGGACAGGAUGGCCACCUUCUUGCCGCACAUGAAGGAGGAGCUGUUCAGGGAAAAAGAGCAAGCCAGCAAUGUCAAACAACAACAGGAAUACUUGCAGCAACAGCAGCUGCAGGAUGCGGUGAAACCACCUGUAAAUACGUCACCUCUGUUUGUACAUUUAGGCCAGAUGGUAUCGACUCCGAUCGGACCGCCGACGACGCAAGAACCGCAAGAGUCCUCUCCGAAUCAUCACACGUUCCCCAUACUGUACACCCCGCAGAUGGAGCCACCGGUGAGCCUCUACUCGGAAUACAUGGGCAACCCGUACAACCUUCCGACGCUGGAUAACAGCAUGCCGACAUUUCAGGCCCCCCUUCGCGACAAUGAGACGGAUCUACAGAAUGACGGACGAAACGUUGACGGCGGUGAUCCAAAGUUACAGACAGAUCUAGUCGACAGCAACUGCAAUCCAACGACAAUUAUAACGACGACGACGACACAGCAGCAGCAGCAGCAGCAGCCGCCGCUUCCGCCUCCUUCUACGUUGUCUACUUCCUCCUCUGCGAACCUCUUCCAGUCCGGCCACUAUUUCUGUGGGGAACAGACGCAGGUGCCCGGUGCUGAAAUCCUCUUCGGCUCCAACAACAUUCCAAUCCUCACCACCGAAUCAAACACAAACAACAAGUACAUGUGAAUCACACAUGACCAUGUUGAUGAUGAUGAUAAUGAUGAUGUUGAUCGAAACGUGCAUCCAAUUACGUGCGUCAAUUACGAGAUAUGCCAAAAUUAAGAAAUACAUCCAUUGUCUAUUGAUUUUAACGAAGCCGUCGAGGGGAAAGAUUAAGAGACGAGACGAGAUAUUGUUGUUGUAUUAAAUAUUAUUACUGUACAUACAUACAUACAUUAUAUACAUAUAUAUAUAUAUUACAAAUCAGAAACUGAUGAUGAAAGAAACGACUAGUAAUUUAAGCGAAUAUCCUGAAGAUUUCCUAAUAUCAGUAUGUAUGCAACCCAAAUAGCCCCAAAGCGUUUGAAUUUCUUUGCUUAGUUCACGCAGGAAGUAGAUGGCGCUCCGUUGUAGCUUCAUAAAGGAGCGACGCGCUGUUCACAUUCGAAGUAUUACAAUUCAAGUCGAACGAGUGCAUCGCUCCAAGUUAUUACGAUGCAAUUAGAUUUUGCACGAGAAGACACACAACUUAACCAGAUCUACUGUUCAAUUCCAAUCAGAAGAUGGAAGCAAUCCAAACGAAACCGAUUUAACCCAACAAAACCAAAUCCCUUCGAUCCGUUGGCUAUAAGCGGGCUGAACUAAGUAGGUUCGACGCCAACAAUGAAUUCUCAACUCAUCACUCGACCUGAGAAGAA